AUGAAAUAUAUUCUUGCUCUAUUAUUUGUUGCCAUAGCAUAGGCUGGAAAUUGUGGUCAAACAUGUUGCCAAGAUUUAAAAACAAGAGCUCCAAUGACAUUCUAUUACUUUACCAAUACUGGAAGAUUCUAUGGAGGAAGUGGAGAGUCAUAAAUUAAUACUUUUGGGUAUUCUGGGGCCGGAAAGUAUAGAAAUGACCCAAAAGCUUAAUGUAUAAAAAAUCAAGGACCUGCCCCAUCAAAUACAUAUACAAUAAAAACAUGCUAAAAUACUAUGCAUAAUCCUCCAGUGGAUAGACCUUGUUCUUUUUGGAUAGACGGCAACGACUAAGAUAGAAUGUGUGGAAGAACAGAAAUUAUGAUUCACGGAUGCGCUUGUUGCACACCAAGUGAUUGGAGUGUACCUCCCGUUGAUGGAUGUUCUGCAGGAUGUAUCAUCAUAAAUGAGGAGAAUAGAAAAAAACUUAGAGUAGGAGACACUCUCAUUGUUUAGGAUGAGGAUCCAUUGGGUGAAAAUAUAAGGGCAGAUGACAUCAUCAUGGAUUAAGAAAUUCUGUAUGAAUGAAUUAUUAAUUUGCCAUCAUAAUUAUUAACUAUAAAAUUUAAAUAGAAGCCCAUUC